AUGUGUUUGACAACAAGUUGCAGAGGGCAAAGGACUUCGGUGCCACUGGCAGACGAGGUCGAAAGGCUCUUGGGCGGACAUCAUGCAGAUGUCGUGUUCGAGUGUUCGGGCGCUGAUAUCUGCAUUGACGCCGGUGUCAAAACCAGCAAAAUUGGAGGAACCAUGGGCAAAAACUACACCAACUUUCCAAUUGCAGAAGUAGAUGGCAAGAAAAUGAGAUUAAUCGGAUGUUUCCGUUAUUCGUUCGGCAAUUACCGCGACGCAGUGAACUUGGUUGCUUCGGGAAAAGUCAAUGUCAAGCCCUUGAUAACGCACAGAUUCAAGUUCGAGGACGCGGCUAAGGCCUAUGAUUACAAUAUCGCAAAUGGCGGCGAGGUGGUCAAGACCAUCAUUGCCGGCCCUGAAUGA